AGAGCUAGACAGAGAAAACAAAGGCUACGCUUCGAAAAACCACUGGAGAGAGAGAGAGAGUACAGUUUAGAGAGAGAAACAAAAGAAAGAGAGUGUGAAAGAGAGACAUUCUCCCUCACUCGUUACGUCUCUGUAGCUAAUUUUCUUCGACGCCAAACACCUCUCCAGUUCGAUCGAACUCUCCGAUCACUCUUCAACACUGUAUAUUUAUACAUAAAAAACUUAUAUUAUUUUCUCUCCCCCAUUUGCCCCUUUCUUUUUUUUCCUUUCUCUGUAGAGUCGUAAUUUAUAUAGAACCAGAACCCAAUUUUUCAAUGGAGUUGUACGGCCGGAGCGCGGGAAGAAACGGGUCGGAUCGGCCGGCGGAAUGGGUUCCGGCGGGGCCCCAAACAGGCAUCGAAGAAUCAGUGCGGCGUUUGGGGUUUUGGAACAGUGAAAUUUUGUACCCAGAGAGACCAGGCGAGCCUGACUGUGCUUACUUCAUGAGAAAUGGGACAUGUGGAUACGGUAUCAAGUGCCGCUACAAUCACCCUCGAGAUCGCAGCUCGGUUGGGGUAGCUGUAAGAAUAGGAGGAGGGGAGUUUCCGGAGAGGCCGGGGGAACCCGCAUGCCAGUUUUACUUAAGGACCGGGACCUGUAAAUUUGGUGCGUCCUGCAAAUUUCACCAUCCUAGGAAUGGUGGCGGAUCCAUUAGUAAUGUGCCACCCAAUAGUUACGGAUUCCCAUUACGGCCGGGUGAGAAAGAAUGCUCCUACUAUUUGAAAACGGGGCAGUGCAAAUUUGGUAUAACCUGUAAAUUCCAUCAUCCUGAACCAGGUGGCAUGUCAAUGCCAGCGCCUGCACGUCCAUUUUAUUCGACGGUGCAGUCUUCACCAAUUCCUUCACCUGAUCAAUAUGGGGGAUCAUCGACCAGCUAUAGGACUGGAAGGCCUCCUCUAUUGCCUGGCUCAUAUGUGCCUGGUGCUUAUGGUCCUGUGCUACUUCCCCCUGGAGUUGUUCCCAUUCCGGGUUGGAGUCCUUACUCGGGACCUGUAAGCCCUGUAUUGUCCCCUAGUGCUCCACCCACGGUUGGUACAAGUUCUCUGUAUGGAGUUCCACAGCUAUCUUCUUCAGCACCUGCAUUUUCAGUACCAUAUUCCCCCUUACCCUCUACUGGUGACCCUUCAAGUGUUAUCAAAAGGAAAGAGUGUUUCCAAGAGCCUGCACCCGAAUGCCAAUACUAUUUGAAAACGGGGGAUUGCAAAUUUGGUUCAUCUUGUAGGUUUCAUCAUCCACCGGAUUGGGUGUUAUCAAAGGCGAAUUAUCUCCUCAGCCCAUUGGGUUUCCCCCUGCGUCCAGGGGUGCAACCUUGUGCUUUCUAUCUGCAAAAUGGAUACUGCAAGUUUGGGCACACGUGCAAAUUUGAUCAUCCAAUGGGAACAGGAAGAUAUAGUCCAUCAGCUUCAUCUCUUACAGACAUGUCGGUUGCUCCCUACAUGGUUGGGCCUUCUCUUGCUACUAUGGCUCCAUCGUUUUCUUAUUCAGAGCUGCGCCCUGAAUUUAUUUCUGGGUCAAACCCCCAUUCAAGUAGAAUGCCUUCUUCUGGAAACACUUCAAGUAGUUCAGUUGGUUUGAUCUUUUCACAAACUGGUUCCGCAUCACUUUCUGAUGUCCAGCUGUCAAGUCAGAGUACUGCCCCUUUAAGCAUUAGUACGAUAAGCACAAGACAAGGUGGUGAAGUUCGCCGUACAAGUUAGAGCAAAA